AGUUUCCGUUUUGUUUCCUACGUGUUGUGGGAAGAUUUCUGCGCGGAGCGCCCACUGUCCACUGCUUGCCAGCUUUGAAAACGCCUAAAUUGCAGAGUCAGCGGCAUACUCCUGACACAACAGGCACGUGUUUAUCAUUAGGUCCAUUGAGGAACCCAGAUAUGGAUGCUGAGCAGAACCAGGUGUUGGACACCGCAUCAGAGACUCGAGAGCAACAGGAGACUGGAGCAGGAGACUGUCCCCAGUCACAACUUGACUCUCCAAUAGAGCCUGCAGAAUCACCAGUGAAUAGGCAAGAAAUGGCGCAUUUGCAAGAUGUGGUGACAGAAUCAGGAAUGUCAGAAGAAACGCAGGAGAUUGAGCCUAAAGCAGAAAAAGCACCAAAGAAAAUGGUUGUAUCUCCUGAAAAGGUUCCAGAGACCUCUACAGAAGUUUUGACUAAAGCAGAGAAGUACCCAGAAAAACAACCAGAACUAGAAAGCUCAGAGGUCUCUGAGCCAGCUACAGCAAUGUACGUAGAACGCGACAACAUCCAGACCGCAGAGCCUAAAAAGCAGCCAAUGCCAGAGAAAACACGAGAGCCUCUAGCAGGGAAUAACAUUGAAACUGCGCCAGAGAAAAUGGCAGAACCCGUCCCAGAGGCUGUUAAACUGUCUGAGCAGGCAGCGCCCAAGCCUGUCACACAGCCAGAAUCUGAGGAUGUGAAACGGCUUGAACCAGAAAAGAAAGGACCUGAGGAAUCUGAGAAGCAGGCAGAAUCUGGUGUUGUGUUGGUGGUGCCAGAGAUGCCAGCGGAGCCUGAAACUGUAAAGGAAGUGGAGGCAGACAAACAGACUGAAGCUGAAAUUGUACCGGAACCAGAGCCAAAGAAAUCAGUAGCGGCUGAGACUGUGAAGAGAGUGGAAGCAGAGAAACCAGUAGCAGCUGAGACUGUGAAGAGAGUGGAAGCAGAGAAACCAGUAGCAGCUGAGACUGUGAAGAAAGUGGAAGCAGAGAAACCAGUAGCAGCUGAGACUGUGAAGAAAGUGGAAGCAGAGAAACCAGUAGCAGCUGAGACUGUGAAGAAAGUGGAAGCAGAGAAACCAGUAGCAGCUGAGACUGUGAAGAAAGUGGAAGCAGAGAAACCAGUAGCAGCUGAGACUGUGAAGAAAGUGGAAGCAGAGAAACCAGUAGCAGCUGAGACUGUGAAGAAAGUGGAAGCAGAGAAACCAGUAGCAGCUGAGACUGUGAAGAAAGUGGAAGCAGAGAAACCAGUAGCAGCUGAGACUGUGAAGAAAGUGGAAGCAGAGAAACCAGUAGCAGCUGAGACUGUGAAGAAAGUGGAAGCAGAGAAACCAGUAGCAGCUGAGACUGUGAAGAAAGUGGAAGCAGAGAAACCAGUAGCAGCUGAGACUGUGAAGGAAGUGGAAGCAGAGAAACCAGUAGCAGCUGAGACUGUGAAGAAAGUGGAAGCAGAGAAACCAGUAGCAGCUGAGACUGUGAAGAAAGUGGAAGCAGAGAAACCAGUAGCAGCUGAGACUGUGAAGAAAGUGGAAGCAGAGAAACAGGCAGAAGGUGAUACAGUGGAGCAGCAGAAGGCAGAAGUUGUCGAGCAGGUCCCUGCUCCUGGCACUCUGUCUUUCGCUUUCCUGGAGCAUGAGCAGACCAAAGCCACCCUUCGCACCUCUCGCACUCUAAUCAUCCUCAGAGGCCUCCCCGGCAGCGGCAAGAGCCUCUUGGCACGUGCCAUUGCAGAUAGCUACCAGGGUCUCUGCACUGUCUGCUGUGCUGAUGACCAUGGUGUGAAACCGGAGAGUCCAGAAGCAUCGGCAGAUGGGUACAAGGCUUUUGACGAUGCUGUGGUAGCCUGCUGCAGUGUAGGAACAUCUGCUCAAGUGAUAGUGGUGGAUGACACCAACCAUACCCAUGAUCGGCUGGCCCGUCUGGGGGAGGUGGCAGAGCAGCACCGGCUGGUGGCCAUGUUUGUGGAGCCCCGCACUGAGUGGAGCAGAGACUUGCCACAGUUGGCCAAGAGAACUCUGCGGGGGCUAGAGGAAGCCCAGAUCCAGGCCAUGAAAGUUCCUCUUGAGGAGAUGUCCCUGCCCCUUUUCUUUGGCUGGUUCCUUCUCCCUGGCAUCCAGGACAAGGUCAGGUGCACGUCCAUGGAUUUCCUGAAGACAUUGGACACGCUUGAGGCCUUCAAGAAGCACUUGCCAGACUUCACUGUUGAGGCUGAGAAAGAGGUGGACCUGGAGCAGUAUUUCCAAGCCAAUGGAGCUCUUCAUUGCACUACCAAAUUCUGUGACUAUGGCAAGGCCGAGGGAGCCAAGGAAUAUGCAGAUAAACCAGCUGUUAAAGAGUUGUAUGGCUCUGCGUUUGAGCUGUCCCUCAGUGCCCUCUUCGUCACACCUCGCACUGUUGGUGCCCGGGUUUCACUCUCUGAGGAUCAGUUAACCCUGUGGCCUGCCGACGCUGAGAAGGAGGCAGUCCCUCUAGUCCCGGCUGCCGCCACCCUGCCCGCUGGCAGCCGUGCCCACAUCACCCUGGGCUGUGCGGAGGGAGUUGAGCCACAGCAGACGGGCUUCGACCUGUUGGAGAUCCUAGCGCUGCAGCAAGAGGGUCAGGAGGGAGAGCUGGUAGAGGAGAUGGAGCUCGGCUCCCUGGCCUACUACGGCAAGGGGAGGUGGCUGCUCAGUCUGAGGGAGCCCGUCUCCGCCCAGGCCUGCUUCUCCAGCCUCUACGGGCCCAAGAAGGCCGACACGACCAAGAAAGACGGGGACAAGAAGAAGAAGCAAAAGUGCACCAUACUGUAAAGGAGAGGGGGAAGGUGGUGGUAAUGGAUGGCUUGGGAUGAGUGGCGUACUAGUGUUCUGAUUUGUCUGUGGGGAGGUUUGUGCUACUUUUGGGGUUUGGGAGGCGUCUUGGAUAUCCACCCCAAAUCCACAAGCUGUGUGCCUUUCUCUGUUGCUUUGCUGCACAAGCCAAGAGGCCUUUAAACCACAGUUUAGGUCGAGCUUAGCAUCUUGUUCAGUGUCUUGUCAUGCGUUUUAGUGCCAUAGUUGCAAUUGGAUAGGAUUUCUGUAGACAAAGCCUGAUUUCAUGGCUCAGAUGUAGUACUGCUGCACCUAGUACCGCCUCUCCCCGUUUGUGACCACUAUUUUUCCCUACUCAAUUCAUGUCUAACACUAUAUACAACCCCUUCUGCAUAUGUCAGUGUUAAGCAUUUAGAUGUGUUUUCAUGUUUGGUGUGAGUGGCUCAAAUAGUGUUUUCAUUGCAUGCCAGGUUUUUCACUUUAGCUGAUGUAGUUCUAGUCAUGAUUAGCUUGUUUGCUAAAGAAGUUGCACAUCUCUUUCAGUAAAUUCUUGUGACACUGGUCAUUUCCUGUGAUUUAGUCAGUCAGCCCUGUCAUGUGUUUGUGCAUUUGUAUGUGUGUGUUUGGUACGAAGGAAAGAGCUGGGUAAUUUCAUAAGUAGCUCAUGGGCCAAAAAAGGGUGUCUGUGUGCUUGAUUUGAUGAACUGUGAACGUCAUUCAUAGAGGCCAUUCCUGUUUAACUCUUUUUGCACGAUGCAGCAGAAAUCAAAAGGGAGAAUGCUGAUGAAUGUGCAGUUUGUUUCAUUAGCUGGCACUUACUUGGUACUUAUCAAAUGCUGUGAAACCAAGGCCACAAUUUGCAAUAUUCUGUAGUGUAGGAGACUGCAGCCUGGGAUCAUCCCUCUUUCUGUCAACCAGUUUCGCAUGUCAACUUGUAUGUAUCCACUGUCUGUUCAUGACUGAUGUGUAGGUCUCUUAGGGCAAAGCCAUGCUUGUGUAGUUCUUCCAAUGAGUCACUAUUUUUGCACAUGUUUUGUACACUUAUUAAAGGAAUUUGUUUUGCGCCAAA